UGGUGCUGAUUUCGCUAAUGAGUUCAUUUAUUACAACCAGUCCUCGUUCACUCUGACCUUGCAAACAGCCAAAUUAACUCCAGUUUCAGCUUCUUCAAGCUGCGCUGACUAAUAUGUUUUAUUACUAAAGCUCCUGUGAGGAACUUUCGGUCUGUGUCAACUUUGGCGCCCCCUUUGGACAAAGAAGUCUUUGCUUGUCUUGUCCUCUACAUCUGUGGCUCUCAAGUGCAGUCCCACUGUCCUGGAUGUUUUGGAUGUUUCCCUGCUCCACCACACCUGAUUCAAAUGAUCAGCUCGUUAUUAAGCCAUUACAGAGCUUGAUAACGAGCUGAUCAUUUGAAUCAGGUGUGUUGGAGCAGGGAAACAUCCAAACAUGCAGGACAGGGGGCCUCGAGGACUGGACUUGAGAACCACUGCUUUACAUACUUGAGUUGCGUCAAAAAAACUAAUCCUCUGAUUUUGACUGUCAAAUUUGUAAAUAUUUGAUUUAAUAAAAUAUUUAAAGAAACAGCUGUUUUCUUAGCUGCUUGACUGACACCUACCCCCUUCGCACCAGUUUCAGGUGUUAAAAAAUACAGUCUAAAAUUCGUCAGUCUUGUUGCUGAUGAUCUUGUUUGCUUAUAUAUAUAUUAUGAAAAGGCAUCCAUAUGAAUUUAAGCCUAAAUUAUGGACAUCAAAAAACUCCUCACAGGACCUUUAAUAUUAAUGGAAUUAUGUCAGGUAAUGUUAAAAGGGUGGCUCUCCUCUGCAGCCUUUGUUUUCAUUUCACAUCUGUAGCUUUAACGUGAGGUUUGCUCUUUCCAUUGUUGUUUUCUGUUUCCUACCAGUUCCUACCUGAACUGAAGGGAUGAUAGAAAAAGUAAGAGAAAAUACUAGACAACAGAGAGGGCUACGUACCUUAAAUCGACCUUUAAACAAGUUAAAUGGGGGUGGUGGAGACCAAAAACAAAGCUUUUAGUAGAUUGAAUUGACAACUAUAUUUAAAUACUAGUUUGUUUUUGUUGGGUGUAAAUAAGGUGUUUUUUUUUUUUAAACCACUACACUGAUGGAGGGGAAACAAAACACUGCUGUUAAUACAAUCAUUCACCAGGGUCUGUAGAGCUGUCCAAACAUUUCCCUGUAUGCUCAAUUUGUUGUUUUAAUGCUCAUGCCAUACUAUAUUCUGUGAGUCAAAGGGCAAAUAAAUACUUUGUUUUCAUCACUAUUUCCAUGUUUAUUUCCAUACAUAGAGCCAGCACAAGCAGAAAAGUCCCUGUGACUCAGUGAGGGGAGAAUUCCCUCUAAACAUUAUACUGAUCAACUUGUAGGAGGUACUGAUGCAAAUAGGUGCAAUGCAUGUGCAGUGUAGUUCACUUGCACAUAUCAGGCUCUUGCUGACAGUUAGAUAUUUCCCUGCCAGUACGGGAGUCACCCUUUUACUGUCUUUCAGGGACAGAGGUUAAACUUGCCUUUUCCUCACAAUUUCAAACUAUGUCCAUGUUAAGUCCUACAUCCAACAGUUUAACUUCACGUGUGUGUGCAAGAUAUGAAAACGUUUCAUGCCACUGCUUUAAGCCAAGAAACAACUGGAUCCACUGCACCAUGACACAGCAGGUUUGAAACAUGUUCAUAGCUGGAGGAGAUUUUGCAAUGAUAAAGUUCUUUGAUUCCCACAAUAAACCAUGGCAAAAUCUUUCAGAAUAGGUCGCUUCAGCCCCCCCUGCAUCCCUGAUAAAAGGAUAAAGGGGUAUUGAUAAUGGCUGGAUGAAUAGGUGGCUGUUACUUAGCUUCUUUUUUUCCCCUGCCACAGCCCUCUGGUAGUUUACCAGGUUGAAAACAUAACUCACAGACACGCAGAGAGAAGAAAAGUGGAGUGAUGAGGUUAAGAAGAGGCUAAGCACAGUGCGAGGGCGGCUAGCCUGAGGAGGAGGAGGCCGGUGGUUGCUGGAGGUUUAUUUUCCCUGUUCUAGAGAGCUGUGUGGCGUUUCUGCGAUUCUCAGACAUUUCCUGCCCUGGCCACUGAAAAUAACCCACAGGAAAACAGGCCGACCUGCAGCACAUCAAUGCUCUAUUCAAAUCCAGUGCCACUGGCUCACAGGCCGACUUUCACACACUUGUAAAUAUAAACCACUAAUAUCACCUGUGCAACCUGUCGCUCUUAGAGGUUCCCACACUGAAGCUGCAGCUCACCUGAAAUUACAGGGCAGCAGCAGCAGCAGCAGGGUUAACUCUUCGACAGCAGGGCUGCAGCUUCAGCCUACGUCUGCUUUCACGCUCUUUUUUUUCCAUAAACAAAAGAAGCCAUGGUUCAGAGUACUGACAUGUCUUUUUUCUUGAACCUAACUUGGAAGUUUUCUUGAUAACAGAUGUUGAACACUCACGUUUUCAGACUUUAGGAGACACCUUGACCUUUCUUCUUACCACAUGGCAAACUAAAAUAAAUAGCUUGAAAUAAUGCCAAGAUGGGCUCUGAGUGGAAAUGCAGUGCAAGGAAGGAUGAGAUUCUUGCUUAGUUGAGGGGUUAAGACAACUUAAUUGGUGCUGAUGAACUGAAAUUAACAGAUGUUUGCUUCAGUUUGCAUUGCUUCAAGAUAAGAAUCCAUGUGACAUAACUACAGGAUAUGAGAAAAACACAAAACUGUGAGUAAUUUCCCUAUUACCCCUGUUACACAAACACUACAUGAAUCACAAUUAGCUGGAAUCUGAAUGCCUAGAUGACUCAUUUUAUUGACCAAUAAAAACUUUUGAAAUCCUGAUCCUGUGGUCUUGGGAAACUUUGAUUGUACAGUUAGAGAAAAAAACGUGUGGAUCAGAGCAUCUGCAUCACUAAAAUACUCGUUCAUGACAUAAUUCUACUUUUAUAAAGGCAUUGAAGCUUUUGUGAUUUGGAUGUUGCAUUCAGCCAUACUGUAGGAUUAACUAUAGUACAAGUUAAUAAGUUUAUUGUGCAGGUCUGCAACUGGAUCACCUUAUAAACACAAUAACAGUCAUUUCAUUUCAACCAUGUGUUUGAUUGAAAAUAGCGCAAAGACAAUAUAACAAAUGUUGAAACUCAAUAUUUGUAAUGUACAUGCUUAUUUUUUUAUUGGGCGCCAACAAAUCAAAUAAAAAAAGUUGGGACAAAAACUCUGAAAAAGUUGUGCAGUGCUAAAAAAAACCCUUUAGGAACAUCUCCCAACUAAUUAUGUUAAUCUAAAACAGGUCAGUAACAUGACUGGGUAUAAAAAGGGCAUUCCAGAGAGGCUGAUUCAGAGGUAAAGAUAGGAUGAGGUUCACCACUCUGUGAGAGACCGCGUUAGCAAGUGGUCCAAUAGUUUAAUGUCAUUUAAAGAGAUGAUUGAACCUCAUUUGACAAGAAUGAGUUCCAAAAGGAAAACUGGAUGCCCAUGAUCCUGCAGCACUGCAUUAAUUACAAAUGACUCUGGAGUGGGAAUCACUGCACAGGCUCAAAAUCACUUUAGAAAUCCACUGUCAGUGACUACAGUUUGUUACUGUAUCCAUAGAUGCUGGUCAAAACUGAAUCAUGCAACACUAAGAAUUUGUCCCAUUGGGUUCUUAACAGUCCCAGUGUGUUGUUACAAGAAGAGAGAAUGAAAAUCUGUGUUAAAUCUGCCCCUGCCACAACUUUUUUAACAUGUUGCCACGAUCAAAUUCAAAGUGACCAUAUAUUUUUCAUGAAACAAUAGAAAUUUUCAGUUUCAACAUUUGGUGUGUUGUCCUUGUGCUAUCUUUUGGAAUUGGGGUUCAACAUCCUUUUGCUUCUCUACUUUCCAUAGUAAAGCUUGUCAUCUUUCUACAGUGGUACUUCUAUAAACGCCACCUAGUAAUACUUAAAAAAAAAAACACUUGUUAAUUAAAAGUUAUAGCAAUGAUAGUAAAAAGUUUCCAAAACUCUACAAAUGCAAAAGACCGUACCUUUCAUACUCAUGGUCCUGGUAUCUGUGAUAGGGAUCCUGCACCUCAUAGAUGUCUGAAUCAUCGGAGUCAUGAGGCCAGCCCAGCCUCCCGCUAUGAAAUGGCAGGUUCAUGUACUCAGGGAUCUCCUCAUACAGAGGAACGUUCUCAUACUCCACCAAAUCGUCUCCCCCUUCUCCACAAAUAUCAGCCUCCCCUAUGCAGCUCUUCGGUCGCUCCAUGCUCCUCUCCCCCCGGUUUGACUCCACGCUGGUACAGUCCAAAGACUGGCCUCCUUUGGCCAGCAGCUUUGGCAGCAUCUUGACUGACAGCCGGAGCUCCAGUAGCUUCCGGAAAGAAAGGCUCCUCUUGUGAGAGUCGGCCCGGGUUGCCAGAUCUGCUGCGGAAAAGGAUUGCGCCCUCUGCUUGCCCCCCAGCGCAGGGGCUCGGCCCUUUGGUGGCACACUGCUCCUGGUGGGCAUCUGUCUGCUGAAGAAAGUGACGCAGGGUCGGGUGAAACGCCAUGAUGUCUUCUCCUGAGGGGGUGCAGGCAGCUCCCUCAUGGGGGUGUUGGCAUGAGGAGGAGCCGGGGGGCAUAUAGAUGGAGGAGGGGGAGCUGGCAGGCUGUGUCUCUGAGGUUUCCUGGGAGGUGCUCUGGGUGACGGAUGGUCCUCAGCGGAGAAAGCUUUCCUAGAGUUAGCCAGCAGAGGGUGACAGCCAAGUUUGAUCUGCUUGGGGAGGCUGUGCGUGAUUGGGUAGCGCUCAAAGUCACCAUAUCCGUCCUCCUCUUCCUCCUCCACUCGCUGCUCCUCACCCUCUUUUUUCUGGCUCACUGAGUCAGGAUGUGAGAGCAAAUCUAAGGAGAGGGAGGUGUUUUUGUGGAGAGAGGAUGAGGGCAGGUGCAUUGUCCUGUGGAGGCGAGGAGAGAGCGACGUCUGUCGUGGAGGGGGCACAGGAGCGUCGGGCUCAUCAUCUCCCACCCCUGAGUGUGUUUGUUGUAAAAGGUCCUCACAGGAGUCCCGUUUUAGCUCCACUGAACUGAGAGACAGACGAGCUAGACUCCCCUCAGCCUCCUGAAUCUCAACUCCAUGUUUCAGCUCCUCUGCUGUUUGAUCCCUGGCACUGCCCUCGAUGCCAUCCUGCCUCACCAGGGUUGGCUUUUUAAACUUGCGUGGCUGGGGGACCGGGAGAGGCUUACUGGGGGCAGCAGGGACCUGCAGAUCAGGGUCAAACCUUGUCGUGCUGAGUGGCUCUCUGUGAUCUGCCUGAAAGGAUUCCUCGGACUCGUGAAGGGUGAUAGUUGAGGGGAAAAUGAUGCUGCCUGCAACAUCACAGACCGACUUAGAGUCUGCUAAGUCUGCCUCUGUUUGUGCACCUGCUUUUGACACAUCAGGCUUAGCAGCAGCACUGUCCGGAUGUUUUAUAGUCUCUGAGGCGCUCUCUCUCUGCUCCUCACUCUUCUGCGCCUCUUUAUUCACUGAAACUCUGUCCAGGUAUCUCUGUCUUUGAGGUUUAUCUCUUGGCUUUUUGCUCCUUCCUCCACCCUCACCCUUCUCUUCCGUAGCCGCCACCUCCUCCUUCUUUUCUGCUUGUGUCCUUGUCUCUGCACAGCCCUCCGUAGAAAUCCCAUUCUGCAACACCUCUUUGUGCAAAUCUCUCCCAAUCUCAGUUGUGGUCCCAUUUUCUAGACCCCUGCACAGCAAACCAUCCUCAUGGUCGCAGGAGCAAGUAGGAAUGAUAUAAUCCGAGUCACGUUUGUUGUCUUCUGUAAAAAUCCCAUUUUUUGAAUUGAGAAGCGAUAAACUGUCUCCCAAAGUUUCUUGCUGUUCCUGAGAUAGGAUAAUGGCUCCGCCGGGUUUGGGUGGUGGGGGUGAAACAGGGGGUGUAGUUUUGGGAAUGCAUGGUUUAGGGGCAACAGCAGGUUUCGUCCUUUUUAGGGUAGCAGGGGAUGAUUGGGAGAUGACCAGGGACUGGGACUGGCAGAGGAGACCCGGUUUGGGGGCGAUGGGUGGGGGAGAGGGUUUGGUGGUAACAGGGAGUUUAGGUUUGGGAGCUAAUGGAGGCUUCUUCACACCUGUGGACAAGAAAAAGGGAGGAGAGAGAUUACAAAGUCAUUUACUCACAUUUUCUCUGUCGAAUGAAUCAGACUCUUGCAGAAAGCAUGCUUCAUCAACACCUCCUCCAACAUUAACAGCUGCAAGCUUCGGUUAAAGAUCAGGGUCAAGAGGUUAAUCUCAGGGUCAGAGGGGAGGAGCUGAGGGCUGAAGUGAUGGUUGAAUCAAAUGAAGUAUUUAUGCAUUUGGCAAACAAUCAAACUUAAAUCAAAUCAGCUCCAAAAUCUAGUGCUUAAACUUGCAGGUAAAAUGGAUUGUGAGUUUGACAGAUCUGCUUAUGCAACAUUAAAUUGCAAGCAUUGCACUCGGACUGGGCAAUUCAUCAUAUUUCAAUUACAUCCCCUGUUGCCUAUAGCCAUAUUCUGGUUGUCCACACUACAUCAUCAGCAGGGGCUUGGAUUGAUGCACAAAAAAAAGUUUGCAAGUUGUGGUUGUUGCAAAAUGUGCCAAGUGGGGGGUGGCUGUUUCUUCAAAACAAACAACUAUGCAGCCACAGGUGGAGGAACGUGAGCUGUGUAGCAUUAUCAAUAGAGGAGCAAGAAAAGCAGGUGUGUUAGUAAAGCAGAGGGACAGAGAGAGCCAUUAGAAAAAGGCUGUAACAAUAACAAUUGGUAAAGAACUGACACAUAUUUCCAAAUCACAGAGAAAUCAUAUUGAAUAAUAAUGAUUCUGUAAUUAUGCUAUUUGGCAUAAUCAGGCAGCCCUACACCUUAGAAUCAUCCAGGAUGAGCUGGAAAGUGUUGUUUAGCAGUGAGUAAGAAUCAGAAAAUGAAUGGAUUGAUGGAUAGUACUGGCACUGGCACACUAAUAUAGGCACUUGUGUCUGGAAAAAUACAGGGUAACUGAAUAACUUCCCUCAGAAUAACAACUUUAUAUUUUCGAUGAAUAGAUAUAGACAAGUACAAUUACAAACAGUAACUAAAAUAAUUAAUUUUAAUCUGGGUUUUCAAGGUUUGAGUUUUCAAUUUUUUGGUUUGUAAGUCCUUGUCUGAUCAUUAAGAUGUAACUUAACAUUCAGAAGCUUUUUGAAAGUAGAAUUUACGGUGUAGUUGUUGUAAUAGCUCUUAUUACACUGCCCAGGUGUUCAUACUGUAAUGGCUGUAACUGUGUAUACAAAUAAAGUCACUCCACUCACAAAAAGUUGUGAAUUAAGAUUAUAGGCCACAUUUUCCGCUCUACUGGCUGAAAUUCUUGGCUGGCCGACACCACGAGAAGUGGAGUCAUCGAGCGGAUGUUUCCGAAAAGACCAACGACCAAGAAAGCGCUCUGUCCCUAACACGCUGCUCGGCACAAGCAGCGUUCCGCACCGAACCCCAUUUAUAAGUCUUUCGUUAUAAACUCACUGAGCCUUACAAUAAAAACUUUACAUUGUUAUAAAGAAAAUCACAACGCAUUCUAAGAAUUGGGGGCCGCCUUUCAAUUCGGCGAUGAAUUUUUGGUUGAAUUUGUGUAAGAAGUGAUUCAAUCAGAUGUCUAACAAAAUGCACUACGGUAUGGCGGUGAUAAGCAGGAAAAGUCCAACUUUAAACUUUACUCAUGAGCAACUUAGUGGUAUAAUUGUAAGCCGAAUCUUUGUUCUGGAUAGCAUGCCAUCACAGUUAAUUGACUUAGUCUGUUUAGAUACAAACUUGAGUAAGAGCUUGACCACAUUAGCUAAGUGCCAAAUUUUGAAGCGGAAUUUGGCCUAAUGUUUUCGCUGUAACAUGGAACGCCAGGUAUCUGUAGUUAAACCGCUUUUGUUGUUGAAAGAACAAUCACAAAACUCUAUGGCAUGUUUCCAUCUUUGUGAAAAGAACUAACCAUUGACAUUUGGUCAACUUUGAAUGGUUUUAUCCGAUAUGUUUGCCUGUUAUCGACUCCAACUUCUUGUAACAACAGCAGGACAGAUGUUUUAAGACAAAGGAUUUAACCCCCUCCAGUUGCAGCAGUAACUGGGAUUUCAUUCGGAUUGGGCAUUUUUGACUUUGAGUUGUGAAGGAUGGUGUAGAAAGCAGUCAAAGUGAACCCUGUCAUCUUUUGUGUCAUUUUGAAAGCUGUUAUUAAGAAAAACUGUAAUUAACUGUGGCUGAGUGGAAAUAGAGUGGAUGCUGCUGUCCGUUACUACAUAUAGACCUCAUAUUCCUCAAUCUGAGACAUCAAACUCAGAAAACGUCAAUGUUACAGUUUAGUUACACACAAAAAGUUGGAGGAGUUUGUUGAAUUAAGAUCGCUCCCACACGAAACAAACCUGUGCUCAUGACUCCCGACUGGCUCCUUUCUCCAUGGGUAAAUUUACUUUCAAUGGAAUUGCGAGAAAAUCCGCGAUUUUUCCUCCUUCGACACCAUUGUCAGUCCAAAGACCUCUUCAGAGAGAAAACAUGCAGAAGCAACGCGACUGUUCCUUAUUUCUCGGGCGGAUGCAUUGAUAAACUCUUAACGCCUGAUACUUUUUCCAUUUUUCCCAAAGUUUUCAGCCACGGUGCUUUUCUCAAUAAUAUCAAGCACAAGAUAAGAACGCGUGUCACUUCCGGUUUGAGCUUAAAUAAAACCACUGCUAGUUCACUCAGGGCUUACUUCUUCAGCCAUUAAAUCGCACUGAAUGCUACUUUUAAUCUUAUUUAGCUAUAUCAAUGCUUUUAAUUUGAUGAAAACAUAACUGUAAAUGUGUUUCUCCCUAAAAUUUCUAUCAUUCUCGCAAAUGUUAUGCUUUAAUUUUGAAGGAUAUUUCCGGUUCUGUCUUGAUAAUUUUGCUAACUUUACGAUUCUUUUCCUUCCUUUGCUUUACCAACGGUUGGGUCACAGCCUCUCGUGACCACUUGGAGCGCUCUCGAGCACAACCCCUCGACCGUUACUCGCGAGAAAGUAACAGUCGAACCUUGGCAUUGUGGGAAUUGUAGUUCAGAAUUAAGUUUAGCAACCGGCUAACUCCUAACUUCUCAACGGCUGUUCUCGACUGCUGGCGCCUACAACUUCAGAAUGCAAAACGGGCUGUGUAUAGAUGGCGGAGAGCAAUGACUGAGGAGUUUGAUGAAGAUGUGGUAUUUGAGGUUUGUAUCCCCGCCGCUGCUUGUUCGCGAAACUUGUAAUUGAUGCUUUGUCAUACCUAGCCCUGAGGUGGCUGUGGACGUUGGGUUCUUUAACGGCAGCUAGCUUUACCCAGAUAGCAUAGCUUUGUAGGUGUGCUAGCCUUCGUCCAUUGGCAGCCGUAUGCCCUGUUGCCAUGCAUUGACAGACCAAAACAAAUCCACAUAAUUGGCUGGCUGCGUAUUAGUUGUCUGCCAAGGAGCUUUGGUGGUCAUGGGAGAGGCUGAGCUGGGUGCUGAGGUGCCAUUGUUGCUGGUGUUUCAUCAGACUGGUUGUUAAAGGUGGGGUGGGGAUGACCAGAUCCAAUGCGUCGGUUCUGGAAGAAAAAAAAAACCUUCACACACACACAUACACACAAAAACACACGUACACACGCAGCUACAUCUGGGUGGUGACAACAUGAGCUGCGACUUCGUAUGACAAUGCAUGUGAGUAACCUUUCAAUGCUUUACUGUUACUAUCUGCUGAUUUGAAUGAUGUUGAGAACAGUGUUGCAUGAUGUAUGAUGUUACUGUAAAUGUGAUGCUCCUGUGCAGCUGACCACAGGCACCAAAACAGCACAAAUGCUUAGAGCAGUCAGUGUUCACGAUGCAACAGACAAUCAGCAGCUGGGAGAGAACUGGGUCAUGCAAUGGAAAAUUUCUACCAUGGGAUAUUUUUCUUCCUUUUCUGCUUGUUUCAUGGCAGAUUUCAUUGUGGGCUUUCUUUGUUCAAGGCAUGAAAGCACAUAGGCUGUGUUUAAGAAGAUAAGGAUUGUGCUUAGGAGGGAAGGAUAUCAAGGAAAUCUCGGGUACAGGUAGAGGCUCAAAUGACAGCCUUGACGUGUGCAUGAGUGUAUGAUGAUUUACAGAUUCACAUAUGAAGACACUUGAGCUUUACAGCAUUCCUCCUAGAUCAGAAAGUAAGCUGCGUGCUGGAGAGAGAGGUGCCGAUAAAUCCUGAGGGAAAAGUACACCAACUUGACUAAUGCAUUACCCCUGCUUAUUGGUCACGUUUUCCCACUGUGAAAAAAAUCUGUGUGUGUGAGCUCAAUCCACAUCAGACUGAGCAUUUUCUCUCUUCCAUCCACUUCUUCUCCACUCAUCUGGCAUUAUUUUAUCUGUCAGUCCUCUUAUUCAUCAUUCUUCAACUAUGGCUCAAUGUUUCUCUUUUUCUUUGCAGAACUCCCCUCUUUUCCAGUACCUGCAUGAUUUAGGGCACACUGACUUUGAGGCAUGUCCAACGGCUACACAGGAUGAGGAUUAUGGUGGACAAGAGGGAGACACCACCUCUCCUGAUGAAGCACCUGAGAAAACUAAAGUGAGUUCUACCAACUACCUUUUAUGCAAAUUUUGCUUCACACCUGUCCUGCUCUGGAACUACACCAACUGAUUGAUAAGUUGACCAGGCUAAUACAUGACUUAUUUAAUCUCUUAUGUGUCAACUGUAUUGUUUACAUGGUGCACUCUUCAUUGUCCGUCCAAUCCUUAAAUGAAUUCAAUAACCUUGCUAACAGGUGCAUCGCAAAACAUUAGAAUAUCAUCAAAAAAGCUCUUUAAUUUCAUGAUUCAAGUCAAAAAAUAAACUUUCAUACACUCCUUAUUCAUUUUGUUUGAAAUCAAAUGAGUUUGGAUAAUAGCUUGUGAAAAUCAAUCACCCAGAUUAUUAGAACAUUUCAUAAGAUCAAUCAUGAAAACAAUUAACACACACAGAAAUGUUCUUCUUUACUCAGUAUUUGAUUGGGGCUUCUUUGCCAUAAGUUAUCAGUGUGGCAUGACAUGGAGGCAACCAGCUGGCUGACUUUAGACUUAAUAUAACAUAGUAGACCAACACCAGCAAAUGACAUAGCACCCCAACUCACAACAGACUAGAGAAAAUUCAUGCUGGACCUUAAACACAUUAGAUUUGUGCCACUUGACUCCUUCUCCAGAUUCUAGGACUUUGGACCACUAAGAAACUUUUCUUUUUCUUCUUCGAUAAGCUCAGAGAAGACACUUCUGAAGUUGAUCCUGGUUCAGGUGUGUGUAUGCGUUUUUGUUGUGUUUACUGAACCAGAGCAAGAGCUACCCAGUAUUUGUACUCUUUUUUUUUUUUUUUUUACAUUUUUGAGCUGCUGGCCUUAGUUAUCAAAAAUGAGAAUUUAAAAAACACUGGAAACAUUGAACUCUACAUUUAAUGAGUCCAUAGCAUAUUAAGUUUUUACUCUCUUAAAGCUCCUGUGAGAAACAUUCUGUUUGUUUUAAUUUUGGUGCCCCCUUGUGGAUAAAUCAGUCUGCUGGUUUUGUCUAGUUUCCUUUUAUUUUGGUGUGUUGACAAAAAAAACUCAUAAUGCAUGCUUUAACUGUCAGAUGCAUCAUUAAUUCUAAUCACUUAGCCUUGGGAAAAUACUGUGUUUUUUUUCAACUCUCAGAUUUUCUAGACCACAGGAUUAAUCAGAAGAUCAAUCACAAAUCAAAAAUGAAACUAAACAGUUUAAGAUUGAGUAAAAAAUCUCGUUGGAUGUUGAUCGUAUAGAACUGAAAUCAUCCAGACUUUUUAAUAAAACAGAAACCAUUACGGUAACAGAGGCUUGGCUCAGACUAUCCCCAUAACUGGACAAACAGUCUGAGUCUCUGCCUUGGGGCUGUGUGUGUCACUGUUUGACCUGUGCAGUCAGACAGAAAGUAAUAAAUUUGACUGUUGACUCCAUCACUGGCACAUUAUACCACAGACUGUUAUGCUCGCUGGUUUGUAUGCUCCAGUCAGCAAGACAUGAAAAGAGGGGCUUCCUUCACACACAUGCAGGUAUUUUGUAUUUGAUAUCAAUAAUUCAGUUUUCUGCAGACUCCUGUUUUUCACCAGAAAACCUCCAGCUGUUGUGCAUCUCUCUCCUGCUGUUGUUCUGAUCUUCCCAAAGACGGCUCAAAUCUGAUUACUGUCGUCACACUUUCUGACGUUAUUCCUGCCUCUCAAAGCAUCCUCUUAAAGUCUGUGUGCUCAUAUUGAUGUCAUUUGUUGGUCUUUUUUACUUUAAGUGGAUUUGUCUGCUCUUAAGCUUUUCAAUCUCAGCAGCUUGUGAGCUCUGAAUACCUCUUUUGUUCAUUAAACUGUUAAUGAGUGUAUUAAGAGUCGACCUGGGGUUCAUGAUGUGUCCUGGGAUGCUCUGAAUCACAUGGCACAGUUUUAGUCAGGAAACGGUGUUUGUGUUUGCUGUGUUCAGGAACUUUCCGUACGUGUCACGCUUCCUCUCCAAUCCACUGUUGUUUUAAGGAGUUUUGGAGGAUGAGGAAUCAGGAUAAGACAGGAAAGCUUUUGGUUCUUCCCUCGGUUACCGGUUUCCUGGAGCUCAGAUAAAGUCGGAGCCAGGACCAAACAUCUUGUUCACAAAGACAGAUGAGUUUGUUUGACCAAUAAACAGCCAAAAUGUCGUGUCAGAACUUUAGAAAAACAUUUAUGCUCUUGACCUGAUUUAAUCCUAGAUACUUGGGAGUCAUUGAAGUCAUUUGUUAGUUGAAAUGGCUGAUGUGUAAAGCCCCUGUAUGCGAUAUAUUUUUUUGUAGAACGGUAGGGGAAAGUCCCGCCUCCUUCGCCUCUGAUUGGCUAGAAAAGCUGGAAACAUCAUCACAUGCUUAAGCCAAACGUGGACUAUUGGCUCUGUACAUCGAACAGAACACUACAGAACAUUAUCGCACUUCUGAAUCUCCUAACCCUCAUCCUAAUCCUAACCCUAACCCUAAUCCGACAGACGAUGACGUUUCACAGCCAUUAGGAAUAACCAAUCGGAGCCCAGCACUUCUAGCCAAUCAGAGGCGAAGGAGGGCAAGAGACCUUCCCCUACCAUCGUACAAAAAAAUUUCGCCCCCUGUUUGGAAAUUUUGGUUGAUAUCAGUGUUGUUUUCGUUGACGAUGACGUUGAUAAAAAUAUUUCCUCAACAAAAACAAAACUGCAGAAUAUAUGUUUAGUGUUUGACUGACGAAAUGCUCAUGAAUUUUGCAACUCUCUUCGUCGUCCACCACUAAUGUUUCAUCUAGUCUCGUCAACGUAAACGCACAUUCGACUCGUCACAUAUAAGUCAUCUAAGACUAAUGUUUAGCUCGUCAACGUAACGUCUUGGUUGUGGAAAAAAGGGGCGUUGACGAAAUAUUUUUGUCAAUAAAAAAAACAACACUGGUUGAUAUCAACUUUUGCGCCCCCUGUGGACAAAGCAGUGCUCUUUUUUUUCUUUGCUGUUGUUUGUCCUGUUCAUGUGAAUUUAGUUUCCUGAAGAAAAAUCUCAUUCCUCAUUUGAAAUGCUUAAUAUGCAACUCACUGACCUAGACCUAGAACUCAGACCUACCCUGCAGAAAAUGAUCAAAUAUGAGUCUUGUCUCUUUCCAUCUCUUUUGCUGUUGUGAGAAGCUUAAGUAUACAUUUAUGAGGGUUUUAAAACCAGCUCAUUAGAACUUUAACUAACACAAAGAAGCAGAAAUAGUCUUAACUCAGUGAAAGCAGGAGCACAAAAGCAGGUUAAAGUCCUCAGACUGGUUUUCACAAAUGAUACUCAGUAAAUUACAACAUUCCCUCCCUCUGUGUGACCACUGGAGCUGCUUUUUAUUUCUCAGAUACAGGUUUCAACUGACACCUACCCCCUACUGACACCUUACAGUAACUCUGUAGUAACAGUCAGCUUGUUUUGUUCACUAUUAAAGCUCAUAUUGAGCUUGAUCUGUUUCAGUCUGUUUGGUUACUAUCUAUGAGGUCUUCACAGCAGUUUUAUUAUCAUGUCCAACUGUUUAAGUGUCUGUUCCCUCGUAUAUUCUCUCAUAUAGCAUUGGAAAUGGUGUCUGAAAGCUGCAGUGAUUGCUGUCAGUGUGACACCAGGAGAAUACUGAUGAGUAAGAGCUGAUAGUGCCUAAAAGUCAGAGCUACAGAGUACUCACACAUUGGAGUUCAUUUGUAGAUGCUUACAUCAUCCCUGUUCUAGCAUAGGGUGAGAGUAGCCUCUUUGCUGUUACAGAGGACUGAGCAGAGUUGUUGCCGACUUGUGUCCGCUGUUUCACGAAUGCCCAGUCCUAAAGCUCAGCCUCCAAAGAGUGAUCAAUACUACUGCGGCCUUUAGACUAAUAACGCUUGUGUUUUGCUCUCCCCUGAGUAAAGGGUCGGUGUGCAGGCCGCUCGCUCGGUGGGAAUCAAUCACUGCAUGUGUCUGCUGCAAACUGACGCCCGUCACGGGUGUUAUUAUUGAGCUGAUUUCUACAGGAUUGUUCCUUUUCAAAUGGUAUUGAAUCCUCCAUAUACAAACUCUUUCAAUAUGGGUCCAGUUUUACCACAAGACGCUUUAAGCUCAUUUGCACACAGUAGAUCCUAUUCAUGAUUAGGCAAUACUUACAGCUUGGUAAUUUGCUUUUGGCUCUUGCAAAGAAAUCUUGCCGCAUUUCAAAACAACCUGAGAUUGUUUUGUAUCAAACUUCCCAUGCACUUUGAAUUCUGAGGCACCGUGCCACUCUGGUUGUGUUUGAAUGUCUCAAACUGUUUAUAGCGAGGAGUCUACAGGCCCAGGAAUGCAGACUCAAAGUAGGCAAGACACAAAACAAAAGUGUUUCUCUGUGUAGUGCUUCCAGUAAGGGAUGAACAAACUUGUUUCUUUUUCUAGAUCUAAAGGAAUCCGUCCCCUUCAACCUUGAAACAUGUAUUUUAAGCGUUUUAUUGUCACCAGAAAUGUAAACAUUCAGUUUAAAUACCACAACAGGAAUCCAACAAAAGUGUUUUUUUAUUUGUGCAACUGCAGAGCUACAUUAGACCUGAGAAUGGGUGCUUUUACAAACACACAUUUCUCUUAUUGUUGUUUCCCACAAGAGUCUAUCUCCUGGGAGACUCCUUUGUACAAGGAGUGUGGUUGUUUGUUGGUGCGCAGAGUUUUAUUUUAUGGGUAAGUGAUUUCUGGGAAAUAGAUCCAAACAAGGAGAAGCAGCAGAAAUGCCUGACAGACUUUCAGGUGAAUUAUUAGGAAUAUUCAGUCCUUCAGAGCGCCAAUAAAACUUGAAUUGAGGAGAUUUUUUCAAAGAUUAAAUACUAACCUUUCCAUUUUAUGUGAUUGGCAGGGAGGACGCUGGUGGAGACUGGCUAAAGCCUUGUGGAGAUGGAGUCCAGUUCACCAUGCGGCUGCAUCUCAUAAGCUGGGGCAGCAGCUGGUAGGUAGAAUCAGAAACAGAAAGGAAUGCUGGCGCUGAAACCAGCACCUUUCAGCACUUUUAUCACAUGUUUCUCCUUUUUCAUAGGACUGCGUGUUUGGACAGUACUCGGUGAAGUGUAUUCUGGACCAGGAUGUGCUGCUGCAGGAGGAUGUGGAGCUGAUUGAGCUGUUGGACCCCAGUCUGCUCACCCUCGGCUCUUCCCCCUCUACCUCGUCCAGCCGGGCAAACACCCUACCUAGACCGAGCCUUAUAGCCAAGCCUUCACUAUGGUAUAUUGUUAGAAACUCAGACAUACAAUGGUUAGGUAAAAUAGAGGCCCACCAAAGAAUAUAAUACAAUGGAGUGAGUGCACAUGCAUUCAAACUUGUCUCCCUGAAUAUAACCGAGGCAUUUUUAGGGUUUCAGCCCAAUUUAAGAUCACUGCCUCAAACUGCAAAAACCUCCUCCAAAGCCACAGAGGACAUGAUAGGUCCAUUUUCACUGACAAUAUGUAAAAUUAAACUGUAGAAGGUUGCUCUAACCUAAAUUCCCUCCUCUCAUCCUCCCACAGGGACAUGGCGGGGCUGGUCGGCCUGGCUGCAGUUCUCCUCGGUCUCUGCUCUGUCUCCGAGGGCUUGUGGUCUCUGGCAGCAGCCCCGUGGGGUCUGGCACUGCUGGGCUGGGUGGGGCUGCGGGGGUUCACGCUGUGGAGAGUGGGCCGCAUGCAGAGAGCCGUCCACGCGCGGGCCACGCAGCUCCAGGCUCUGGUCCACAACAGCAAGACCCUGACGGGACUGUCUCGUAAAGCCCUGCGCCUAGUCCAGGAGACAGAGGUCAUCUCCAGAGGUUUCACCCUGUAAGUGUGCUAGUUUUAUGUCGGCCUGCAAACACCUCACCCAAUCACAUGAUGCUGAUGCGCAUUUCCUGUUAUGUCUCUGAUGUUCACUGUCUGAGUCAAACCUGCUUGGAUAAUUCACUCCUUUUUCAGUAGCUCUAGUUAACUUAGCUCCUCAGGUAGUGUGUCUAGUGGUGUUUAAUUAUUCAUGAAAGCACUUAUUUUAGAUCACCAUUUGUGUCUGUCUGUGUGUAGUUGUAGAGCUGUCCUCAGUCAAACACUGAUUAUCCAGGAUUGCACUUCAGUCUUAACUAAAAACAGCAUUACACUUUAAUCACAUCUUUAAAAAAAACACCUUUGGAUAAUUGCUAACUCUCUUUUUGCUGAGAGCCAGAUGUUAAUAUGAAUUCUAAUAUAUAGUGGCCCUAAAGGUCAAAAGCACAAACAUUUUAUAAUUACAAAAAAAAAAAAAACACGAGUGCAAAAAUAUUUAAUGAAACAAUAACACAUUCCAAAUAAAUGCAAAAAUAUUGUACAAAAUGCAAAAAUAUUUAGCAAAGUGCAAAAAACAGUCAACAACAAAAAAACCCCAUUUCAGAGAAUGCAAAAAUAUUUCAUUUAACUCAAAAAAUUAUUCAGAAAUCUCAUAAAAUGCAAACUCAUGUCACACGAUUAGAAAACAACACUUUACAAAAAAAUGUUUUUUCUAGAAAAUAAUUUGUGAGGCAAAAUAUAUUCUUCAAAGAUUUUUAAUGAAUUUUUUUACACUAUAUAAUUUUUUUUUAAUUUAAAUGCAAAUAUGACAUAAAACUGAAAAAGAUUAAAAGCCUUUAUUUAUUAAAAAAAUGCAGUCAAAUGUUUUUUGCUCCAUGAAAUAACAUGUUUGGGGGUUAUUUUUGUGUGUCUCUCUCUAAAGUGUUUUUGCAUUUGACCUUCAUGGCCACCAUACCUAUCAUAUGUCUGUACUGCAAACAAGUUGAUACAGACAGCUGAGUGAGCUUAGCAUGUCAGUAAGCUCUUAAGACAGCACUUUAUUUUUAAACACUUGAAAAUAAUCCUAUUUUGAUACGUACAUUUUUUUAAACUGAAGAAUUGCUGCCUAUGUAGAUUUUGCCAUCUUUGGACAGAAUCAGGCUAGCUGUUCCUUUGGUUUUCGGUCUUAAUGCUAAGCUAACCAGCUGAUGUAGCUAAAAAUUUAUCACACAAUGAUGCUAAUAAUAUCAAUCUUGUCUUUUAACGAUCUGGGAAAAAAGUGAAUUAGCAUAUUUACCAAAGUGUCAAACUGUUCUUUUAGUAGCACGUCAUAUUGUCUUGUAUGUCACAGCUGGUCUUUGUACAGUUUUUAUGUCUAAUUGUCUCAGUCCGUCAGUUUUGUCUGUUUUGUUGCCUUUAGUGAUGUGGUGUUCAGUGUUGUAUGUGCCCCCCUGCCUCUUUGGGACGUCUCCACAGUUGUAUCACAUUUCACUUGUCAAGUUUGCUCGACAGGGUGAGUGCGGCCGGCUCCUUUAGCAGGGCGGGGCCAGGGGCGAUGCCACGGGGCCAGCAGCUUAUUGGACUGAGGAAAGCACUUUACCGAGCGCUCCGCUCAGCCUUCAGAGCCUCACGUAGGGCUACCUGUCACAUGCUCAAGGCAUAUCCUUUACCUGGAGACAAAGAGUCAAAGAUGUGUAUUUAUAUCUGGAGUGUGGAGGGAAAAUAUCUCGAGGCAAAAGUCGUCAAGUUCUCAUCUUAAAGUUUAACAGCUGCUUUAAGGCAAGAACAGACUAUCAGUUCUUUGAUGGCCAUGUUGGAAAUCCCAGAACCUUUUGUUGUGUCCUUAACCCCGCCCAACGUUCCCUCUGAACUCUGAGAUCGACAAUGUGACCAACUACGUGUCUGCAGUGCCUCUGAAGGAACUUGGGCUUGGCCUGGGGAUUGAGCACCUGGGGGACGAGCAAGCUCAGGAGCUGACAGACGACUACAGUCUGCCUGCCCUGAAGGUGAGACCGGAGAGUAAACAAAUAGAGACUGUUGAGGGGCUGGAAUGUAGGUAGAGUACCAAGAGUAGAAAAGUUGUAUAAAUACAAGCCAAAUAUAAUCCUCAACCUGAUUUCUUGUCAGUUUUUCUACAUAUGAUGAUCUACAUAUGAAUUAAUGAAGUAUAAACCAGUAUACACUCUAAGAACUGGUACAUGGCGAGACAGCUUCCAUGUUUAAGUCUCAAAAUCUACCUUAAGUAACUGUAAUGCCCACUAGUUAAAACAUUGAACUCACACAUAGGAGUAAGUGAAAUGAAUUCUAUCAAAUACGGUCAGUUUCUAGCUGCAGUAAGCUAGCCGGUUAGUCCUUUGCAAAUAAAAACUCGCCUAUGCACGUUUACUCCUCCAUCCUAGCAAUCUUGAGAAUGUGGGAGCCAAGCAGCCUCUACACUACUCUGCACCCCACCCACCGGUACACCAUAGAUUUUACAAGGCCGUUUGAAUCAGCUCCUGUGGUGAUGUAAUGACAGGAGUGACUUGCAAAACCACUCCUGCUCCUUAAAUGAUUCAACUUCCUCCUGCACUGUUAUUCAUUGGAAUGGCCUACCACAUAUACGUGCGCACAAAAAGCAAAAAUGUGGAAAUACCCCUCAAAUUUUACCAUACCAUUCAAAAACAUGCUCUUCUCACUGAGGCUCUGGUACUUCAGCAGUAACCUCCAUCUUGUCUGAAUCAUGUAUAUUGUGUAUUGGUGUGAGUUCUUCUGGAGAGCUUGCCAUGUUUAUUCUGGUGUUUUUCCACCUCUGCAUUUGUCCCUACUGGUCAGCACUCCCCCACUUCUGACAACAUUAAGCCACUACGCCUCAUUAUCAGAGCAUCCCACUCAAAUCACUGCCUGAUUAAUAAGGUUAGAAACUGAGGGGCUGCAGAUCUUAAAUCAACUAGGGCAUGUUUUUAAAUGCUGAAGCACUAUCAGACGGGUAAAUGCAGAGUUGGGACUGGAAAUGGAGAAAACAAGCUCACAAGGCUGUUCCCACAAACUCUACCUCAGUUAUUUUAAGCUUUUUCUUCACACUGAUUAAACUAACAUGAUGUAAGGUGUUAAUUUUUUAUCUCGAGACGUGCCAGUAAAUAGGUUCUCUACCUCUGGAUGAACUCUGCACAGAGUUCUCAAGAGAAUACAGCUAACCAUCUACUCUUGGUGGCCUAACUUACAGACUUAUGAGCAAUGCACUUGAUCUACUUCUCCAUCAUCUAUGUGCAAGUUUCCAGGCUGCAAACACAGUAUUUUCACAGAGCCUGCUUAAAAGUGGCAUUGGACUUUGGAUUAAGGCAAGAGUAGGAUAUUAAUGAACUCAUUUAGUCUGUAAGAGCUUAUAUAACAGCAAAAACUGGAAGCUAUAAGGGAAUUUUGCAUAUAUUUCGUGAUGACAGGCUUGUAUCAACUGUAGAAAUGUUCAGAUCUUGUUUUUUUGUCUUCCUGCAGAUGCUGUUUCAGCUCUGGGUGGGACAGAGCUCUGAAUGUUUCCGUCGAAUGGCUCUCCUCCUCUCCCCCCAAAGAAUAGAGGAAUUAGAAGAAGGCGGCACCAAAGGAGACACCUCCCUUCCACCUCCCUCUCCCUCUCCUCCUCCGCCUCCUCCCCCUCCUCUGCAUCGGACCAUAGCGGCAGUGACCGAGCCCCUUCAUCACGCCCUGGCCAGCUGCCUCUGCGAGGUGCAGCGCAGCUACGACUUCCACCGGCACUUCGAAACGCAGCUGAGGGCGACAGGCACAGACAGGACAGGCAGAGCGCGGGAGAAAUGCAGAGAGCUCAACACUCUGCACACCUCCAUCCGAAGCCUGCAGCUGCACCUCAAAGCCCUGCUCAGCGAGUGAGACACACACACACACAAAUAUAACCCUUACUGCCCUCAAUCAACACUACCUAGAGGAUGAGAUGAGAGUUUAACGGCCAGUAUUGGGAAAUUAGGUCAAUCCAACAGCAAAGCAGUGACAGCACAUGCUAACAAAAGAUACAAUCAACUCGUUUUAUCAACUUUCCUUUUCUCCUUGUCUUAUGUGAUUCAGGAUGAUCAUUCUAGAGGACGACCUGGAAAAACUGAUGGUGUCCAAGGUGCAGCCAGAGCUGACAUUCGAGGGCUACCAGGAGCUCAGCGACCGGCUGCACCAGCUGCAGCCUCACAUGCAAGCCAGCACCGGCUGCUGGGAGGACACCAUCACCCAGGUGGAGCGUAUGCUGAGACGUGCCAAUGCCUGUCCAGGUGUGGGAAGUUGGAUGAAAAUGCACAAAAAUGAAGCAACUCCAUACCUUUAAAAACCCCUGAAAGUUAUUUUCAUUCUAACAAUUUCAAACAUUUAAAUGCAGUCACUUUCACAGGAAUCACUGCAGGUCACUUACUAAUUAUAAAAACAACAAAUAGCAUAAAAUUUUGCUAUAAAAUCUGAACGCUGUUGUUUUUAUCUCCAUGUAAGAGCUGCUAUAGAAGCUCAGACUCUCUCCGAGUAAGCUUAUGUUUGCCCCACAUUUUUCUAUCAUGCGUUUCUCAAUAUGCCAUAAAAUAUAAGCAUGUCAGAGGAGUGACGCCCCCUUGUAGUAUGCUGCUCUCCACGUAUUUACAGCGCCUAUUUUUGGAGCAGACUUCCUCCUUCCUGUACAGUGACUCAAGAUUAAUGCCGGUCACGGAGGAAGUAGCUCCUUCAGAAUGCAGGACAAGAAACAGAGCACUAGAGCUCCAGUAACAAGAUGUUGAGGUCAUUUGUUUUUGUUGUUUCAGUAAUGUCGGUACAAUUUUAUCUGCAGGUAAUGAUGAGGCUCUGGAGCAGUGUGGUCCCUCUUUUGCAGAGAUUCCUGCUCCUCCUCCGUCCUAUCCAUUAAUCCUAGAUCAGGAUCCUGUCCCAGAGGAGCUGGUAAGAUAAAAAUAUCCCCCAUUCACCUAACAUCUCUCAUUGUUUGCCUCUAUUUACACAAAAUCCCCCUCACUUGUAAGGACUCAGCACUCGUAUUCCUUCUCAAGCUUGUCUGAGAAAACCUGAUUCAAGAUUUGUGUCCUCCUAAUCAUUUCCUUUCUCUGAAACAGGAGUGGGAGGCCUACGUGUCUGACUCCGACUCUGACUGUGAAGGUAGAGAUUCCUGGUCGGACAUGUUGUCACCAGAGGAGCGGGAACGGCAGCGGCGGGAGAGGGAGGAGUCUCGGCGCGUCCUGUCAGAGCUGAAAGCUGUGCUGGGCUUCCGCGCAUCAGAGGGAGAGAGGAUGAAGAGGAAGCAGCUGCUCUUCAACGACCAAGGUCUGAACUCACCCAUCUCAUCCGUCUGAUGUGAUAACAGGGCUUGUGCUGUUGACAUUUAUAGAACGAGGUCAUUUCAAAUUCGUUUAUUUUAGAUUCUUUUCAGUGUGCUCUCAAUCGAUACGCACAAACACACAUUAUUGCAAAAGCACCAUCAUCAGCAGUAAGUAUGAAUCAAUAUGAGGGAGAAACGACGUCUCUGCAACAUCUGUGUUUUCAGUGUGUGAUAGGAAUCCCUUUGUGACUAUUUCUUUCAGCCAACAAAUCAUACUGAAAAACAAACAGGUGGAAUUGUUUAUUUUUACAUUCGUUCGAGGGUAAGUGCUCUCCUAUUUACAGAAGGUAGUAGAGUAUAAAACAGAAAUAACCAGGUGUCUUUCAAAUGUGAGAAUGCAUGCUUCUAAAAUGUAAUCUACUGGAUAAAAUUGAUUCUGUCUCUAUAUUUUGAAAAAUUUCUUCUACAAUUAUCCAAAAAUGACAUCUUCAAAUGUCUCACCAGCUGUCUGAAACCCAAACAUAUUAAGGUACUCUCUUUUUUCACUUUUGCCUCGUACUUAAAAUCUCAAAUCAGAACAUAUUUGAUACUUUUUUCAUACAACACGAAUACCCAAAAAGCCGGGACGCAGUGUGAAAUGUUGGUUCGAAUAGAUCUUGAUGAUUUGCAGAUUAUCUGAACACUAUAUGUAAUUGAAAAUAGAGCAAAGACAACAUAUCAAAUUUGAAACUGGGGAAAUUCAUUGUUUUAUGAAAAGUAAAUCCUUACUCUGAAUUGGAUAUCAGCAUCACUUUUCGUAAAAUUGUGGCAGAGUGACGAUAAAAUACUGAAAAUGUUGUGGCGGAACAUUUUCCUACUAAUGACAUUACCCCUCUCCCUUACUCAUUCUCUCUCUCCUUCCCUCUAUCUUGUUCUCUUUCUCCCCCCCUGCCCUCUCUCCACUUCUCUCUCUCUCCCCUUAUCUCUCUGUAUUCCCCCUAACCCAGCAGCGGCCUGGUGGCUGUCUGGCAUGUGUCUGGUCCUGCUCAAGGUUUCUGCCUGUUAAAAGGAAGUUUUUCCUUGCCACUGUCACUCAUAUUAGAUGAGAUGGGCCAAAUCCCAUCUUAGGUUAGGUCUUGAUAAUUCAUCAAACAAUGAGUGUGGUCUAGACCUGCUCUUUCUCUUGGAAAGUGUCUUGGGAUGACGACUGUUGUGAAUUGGCGCUAUAUAAAUAAAAUUUGAUUGAUUGAUUGAUUGGUUGAUUGACUUUGCAGCAGGUCAGUAACCUGACUGUAGGUGAAAAGAGCAUCCCAGAAAGGCUGAGUCUGUCAAGACUGAAGAUAAGUGUUUGACUUCUUUUUUAAGGGACUCUGUGAGCAAAUAUUACAGCACAAUUUCAGAACAAUGUUUCUCAGAGUUAGUUUGCAAAGAAUUGAAGGAUUUCAUCGUCUGCAGUGAAUGUUAUCGUUGAAAAACUCUUUGUACAAAUGGGACAAAGUGGAUUUAUGAACAUUUGACAUUGUGUACUUUUUUAAUUGGAGUUGUAGUAAAUAACUUAGUAGAGGAAUUCUUACUAAUUAAAUAGUUAAUAAUCUGACAUUUGAAUAUAAAAUAUGAUGACUCAAUUGAAAAACAAUCUGUAGAUCACCACUCACUGAAGAUAAUGAGCUGCAGCAUUAAUCCUGUCUGUUUCUUUGUAGUCAUGAAAAUUUAAAGGCCUCCCAUUGUGGCUGAGUUAAUCAUUCUGGAUUUGUAAUUAAACUUCAGAACUAACCACGGUGAAUCACUUGACAUGUUUCCUCUGUUUCUUCCAGCUGCUGUGACGCCUUCAGCUCACAAUGAAGCUUCAGGCUCUGCCGCAAACCCAUCAGAGGCAGUGGCUUCUCUGAGCUCAGUAGAAACCUGCGAUGAAGACGGAAACCACCUUUCAGAGCGUCCUGCAGGAAACGGAGGGGAGGAAGGGGAAGGAAAGGACGGCAGGGUGAGUCCUGACCCUCCAGCAGAGCCGCUGACAGAGUUCAGCUGCGGUUCGGGGGCGAAGGAUGGGGAUCUGGGAGGAGCUUCUGUCUGUACAAGAGGGGGAGGAGGAGCGUCAGAGCUGCAUCAGUACGACGGCGUCCUGGAGGAAGGGGAGGCACAGAACGGUUUGGACUGUUUCAUGAAGCCCAAAGUCACUGCUGUGUCUGUGAUGGACAGACUGACGGAGAUGCACGGCUCAGCGGCUCUCAGCUUCAGCUCCGCCAUCGCCGCACAGGUGGCAGCUCGCUCACAGUCACUCAUCAGCAUGGAGGAGCAGACAUUCGGAGACGAGGAGGAAGAGGAGGAGGAGGACAGACGAAUCCCUGAGAAAGACUGAAAUGAAACCUUGCUGCUGUAACAAAGCACUGAGCAGACACUGUAUUUAUGUCUGACUGUCCUGGCGUCUCUAUCGAUGGGUCUCGUGUUUCAUCAUAAAUCUUCCUCCGAUUUCUCUCUGUCGCCCAUCCGUCCACGUCGCUGUUCAUCACCCACAAUUCUUACUGCUCUUUUGCUGUUAAAACUCAGGUACCAGAACCACUAAAGCGAAUUCUGACCCACCAGUGUUUUGGGGUCAGAAAACUCAGAAUGUUUGCAGUUUACCCGGCGACAUCCACAUAGUGUUCAUCCUUCACAAUCGCGCAUCAGGUGUGGAAACAAAGAUUGUAAAAUUUAAAAACAGUAGCUCGCUUCAUUCAUUAAAAAUGGAGAAGUAAAAAUGGUCGAAACGGCAGUUUUAUCAUUUAUCACUGUGAUCAAAACCUCCAUCCUUUUAUUUUUUUACUGUCAGGAAGUAGGACCAGGACUGGAGAAAUACAGUUAUUAUGGAUGUGUUCAGACAGAACGCCAGAAUACAUUCAGUCAGACGGUUAAUCUUGAGAAACAAACCAGAGUCUUUACGAAACUUAGAGGAAUUUAAUCAAAUGCUGAGCUCGUCAAGCACUCCUUCAGUCAUGGCCGUUGCAUCCUUUGCUAGCUAGAUAGCAAACAGCUGGAUGCAUUUAUAUCCAGUGGCAAUACCUUCUGUACAAUGCAGAGGCUUUUUCAUGUCCAUCUGUAAUACAUCUCCAUUGAAACAUGCAAGGAAUAGAGACUCAUCCCACUGAGCAUUUUGUUGGUCUAAGAGGUCUAAUAGACGUCUAAAUGUAGUCUAGACGACUGGUCUAAAAUCAGGCUACCACAGGUCUAAAAAUGAAAGUUUUCAGACAUCUAAAUUUAGACUAGCCGGCUAACAGAGGUCUACCAGUAUAUUGCUCAACGGCUAUCACAAUUAUUUUGGUUAAGUACUUGGAGAUCACUUGUGCAACUUACAGUUGCUUUUUGAAAUAAAUACUUAUGGAAUAGCGGGUUAAAGUGCAACAUCUAAAUUCCGUCUACAGAUAUACAGAAUCUAGACAGUUAAAAUUAGGUCUAAAAAAUAACUACACGUCUAAUAGCCGUCUAUUGCUCAGUGGGAUGACUUUGUAGCAUGGCAGCAGUGGAGAAGGCUUCUGGAGUGCUGAGUUCCAAAGUGUCUUAGGGGUGUCUUUAGAGAGAAUGGGUAAAGCAUUUCAUGCCAAAAUAAGCUUAAAUAUACUUGGUACUUGGUUCCGUUUUGAUCACAUUCAGCCAAAAGUUAUCCCUGCAGUCUGUCUGAACACAUCUGAAGCAUAAGGUCGAGCUCAGCUGACAUGAAUCCUCACAGACAGACGGGUAUGUAAACACUCAAAGUUCAAGAGGAGGAAGUGAAACUAUUUUUACUACGAGGCUUUUAUUUUUGUCUGAUCCGUGUCUCUGCUGUGUGACUGGACACAAUGAAGGAGUGUCUGUGAAGUGGACACAUGAAGUGGCGUUCAUUCAUUUGCAACAAUACUGUAUUAAGACUGGAACAAUGCUGUUAGGAAGAGGACAGGAGGACUCAUCGAUGACUUGACACUUAACUAAAUGAGCUGUGUGGCAUGAAUUCACUGAAUUGUGCAUCCAUGGGGUGAAAAACUAAAUAAAUACUUGUACGGGUGAAGUCAAAAGAAGAAAUAUUCUCUCAUGUGAGGGCAAUCUUAAAGUUUAUGUUACAUAUGGAGUUGCCAUAAGAGUCCUGAUGUUUGCCUUCACCCCGUCCUCCUCCACCCUCCCAGUCUUUCUUGCCACCAUGUCUGCCUUGUCCUGACCCUCCUGCACCCUCUCUCUGGGAUGAGGUCUCCUCCCCCUCCUGCAUUUUCCAAACGUGAAAUAAAAUACCAUUCUGAAGUGUUCGUUGUAUCCUCCAGUGUUUUCUGGCGCUCAUGUUUCAGACGCUCUCACGGUGUCAGGGGCUGGAAACAGGUUCAGUGAGUUACUUGAUAUGUUUUAAGGGGUUUUGCAUUUGUCUUAACCACAGCAGCUGGU